UUGGGGGCCGCGGCCCAGGGGAUCUCCCCCACCAAGAUAACAGAGGAGGACUGUCAAUCCAUGGCUAAGGUUCGCGACUGGUUCAGCUGGAACCUGGGAAGCUGUGACAAGCCACAGGUUCAGCUCCCACAACAACCCAGUGAUGAACCAGUGACUCCUGUCGACAUCAUCACAGAUGAGAUGCCAAGUGAUGCUGCCUCGAAGAAGCCAUCUAGUCGUGUGUCUCCAAAGCCUCGGCGAGGGCUCCUAGGCAUAUUUAGUAGAUGGGAAGCAAGAGAAGAGAAAAUCCCUGAGCCGCAAAGCCCAGUUAAAGAGGAGGUGGUUCUCGGUGAACAGAAAGAGCUUGACGACACCACCCUGAACUUCGUCUUCUGCCAGUCCACUGUGAAUACUUAUUCUGACCAGCAGCAAGAUCUGCAUAAAUGUGCUACUGACAAACAGUCAGCUAAAAAUGAGAAGACACCGGAGGUUAGAGAACUAGUGCUUAAAAAAGAAAUAGACCAAACUCAACAGGAGCCACAGGGGAGUGCAUGUGGAGUAGAUGCGUUACCAGAUAAACUCUCCAACUUGACAUCAUUUUGGGAAAGAGAAAUUGGCCCUAAAAUACUGCUCAGUAAACUAAGCACUGAUACAAUGAGGUGUGAAGUACUUGUCAGUGCUGGGGAUACUUGUGACCAAAAAAUGCAUGAUUUUGGUAAAGAUUUUGCCAAGGCUGAGACUGUUGAAGCAUCCUCAUCUUUUCAAAAUAUUCAGCUUCACCUCGACACUAGUGUCAUGAGAAAGUCCAAUAUCUUUGGAGCAAAAAGCAAUGAUAGUAAUGACUCAAAUAUGCUGAUUAACCAUCCCUUCUCCCAAAAGGUGGAAACCUCAGAGCAGUGUAACAUAGACCUCAGUGCUGCUCUGUCAUAUGACGAAAAGUCCUCAUCUUUCGUUGAAAGUAACUACAUGUUAAAAACAUCAGGUGACAAUGGUACAUUCAGGGAUAAAUCCAUCCUUAUCUCUGAAGAUAAUUCCAGUUCAUCUGUGGGCUUGACAGUACCUUCUCAGACAGUCCAGCCAGAUGAGAAGGUGGACAUUCCUUUACAUGUCUCUCCAUCCAGUCCCUGCACAAGCCGGCAGGGGCGUGUCCCAGUGCCCCUUGUUAGACGUUCCCUCAGUCAACAGGAAAGCAGGAAGGCCAAGAUCAAUAACCUCAAGUCCUUCUGGGAGAAGGAGAAUAGUGGACCAAGGGUCAUUGUUGGCAAACCAAAGGAGGCUUUAGAUACUCAAACCCAUCCAUUUUCAGAAACACCUCCAGUCCACCACUCAAUUGCCACUUCUCAGUCUAGUCUAAGAACAAUUGAAACUGACCUAGGGAAGGGUGACUGUGACAAGCAAAGCUCUUCCUUAUACGGGGUUAAGGCCAGCGCCUCCAACUUGUCCAUGGCUGAAAGAAUAGAAAAGGGUUUCAUCAAGUGGAGUUCAAACUCAUCACUACCGAGUAGUCACUGUAGUGUUGGCGAUGUUGAUUCUAUAAAUCAGCAAGAUUCAUGUAAGAUGGAAACAGGGCCAACCCUGAAUCAAGAAAUACCCUUAAGUCCUAAAACACCUCUGCCUAGAUCUGAAAUUCCAAAGUGGAAAGACAAAACUGACGAUGAACUUAAGAGAAGUCCUUCAAAGACCUGUCAUCCAAAAGCCCUGCCCAGAGAUUCAUCCAGUUUCCAAGGAGCCAGGCGUGAUAGUUCUCCAUUUAAAUCCUUCUCCAUAGACAUUGCCUCACCCACAAGGGAGCAUCAGGAUGAUCCAGAGAGAGCAACACCAGUGGUUAAACAGAGAAAAGGACUCUCACAUGAAGCAAUGCAGUCAGGAUCAGAGUCCACCAAACAUACCCUAGGAAUCACGUCUACCUCUCCACAGUUUAGAUCUGAAGAGAAGGGGCAGGAUCGCCUGACCUUUCCACGUAGAGGCUCGGCACAGAGCUCACUAACUUCUAUGAUGUCCCCGCUAUCACCUACUAGUUCGCUCCCUUGCCCCUUCAGAAGGACCAGUUUAGGGAACCUAAGUGUACAGGAGGGCAGUCCUCACUGGUCCUCUAAGCCAAAUCAUGGGGACCCGCAUAUAAGAAGAGCCUUUGAAGCUGGCAAGAUUGGUCAACAGCCCAUCAAUAGGGAUCCUGGUGAAAGAAAGCUUUCGGGAGCAUCUGAAGUCUCUGAAACAUAUCUCCGCCUUGCGAGAUCUUUCAUUCCCCAGAGCAACCAACAUUAUUUGGGGCUCCCUGAGCAGACACACAUCCCUCAGUUUAUCUCAGAUAAAGUGGGGAAUGACCAUCUGAGUCCCACUGUCCUCACUCCAUUGCUCCUGAGCACGAGAAGCAGUGAGGGGAGUCCAUCUUGGAUCAGUCCUAGGUCCAUGGAGAAUGUCGACAGUCGCUUAUCCAGAGGAAGCAUGCCUGAGAUCUGGUCUCAAUCUCGGGCAAGUUCAAGCUGUCAUGGUGAGAACUCAAGCCCUAUCAGGUUAGAGUUUAAACAAAUGUCUUCAAGACCCUUAUCCAGAAGUAUGGAGGACGUUUUAUCACCACCAAAACGAGAAGAGAGAAGUAUAAUUGACCAAAGAAGUGAAUUGAAUCUAAAUGUGGAUGAUGUCUCUGCAGUGCCUCCCUCCUCCCUCCUUCCUCUCCAUCUCCCUCCUCCCUCCUCCCUUUCAGUCCCGGAGCAGAUGAAGAAUAUGAGCAAGUCGGUGUCUGUUAUGCAGGAUGAGAAGGAUGGCAGAGACAGUGACAGCACCUCAGUGGAAAGUCUCAACUUCAGCUGGAAAAAGCGGAUGGGCAGUUCCCUCACUAACCUUAGCCUCUCCUCUGGCAUGGCGUCCAUGUCCUCUGUGAGCAGCAGUGUGGCAAGCAUCUACAGUGGAGUAGAUGGGGAUGUGGAAGUGAAGGGAACAAUCCGGUUUGCCAUGAAUUAUGUCCAGAAGCUCGGGGAGUUCCACAUCUUUGUUGUCCACUGCAGAGAUCUUGCCGUGGCAGAACCCAAGAAGAACCGUUCUGAUCCAUAUGUGAAAUGUUACCUCUUACCGGACAAAGCGAAGAUGGGAAAGAGAAAAGCCAGUGUGAAAAAGAAGACCUUGAACCCCACUUACAAUGAGAUCCUUAGGUUUAAAGUUACCAUGGAGACCCUCAAGACUCAAGCACUUAAUGUCUCCGUGUGGCACAAUGACAACUUUGGACGGAACAGCUUCCUUGGCGAGGUGGACUUGGAUUUGUCUGAAUGGGACUUUAGCAACACGCAGAUGAAUGAUUAUGCUUUGAAAGCAAGGAUCUCGACACAGUCUCUCAGUCCCUCUCACUCCCAAUCUAUUGACCAUAGAGGAGAGAUGAGAAUAGGAUUGCGUUUCCUGCCACAGAUCUCCUACAGUAAGAGGUCAUCCAAAACUGAAACGGGUGAGGUGCAGAUUUGGGUGAAAGACUGCAAGAACCUGCCUGCUAUCAGGGGUGCGAUCAUUGACCCCUUCGUGAAAUGCACCGUGCUUCCAGACAUGAGCAGGAAAAGCCGACAGAAGACUCGGGUGGUGAAGAAGACGGCCAACCCCAUGUUCAAUCACACCAUGGUCUAUGAUGGCUUUCGGCCGGACGACCUACGAGAGGCCUGCGUUGAAGUCACCGUGUGGGAUCACGACCGGCUCACUAACCAUUUCAUUGGGGGCUUAAGACUGGGCCUUGGAACAGGUAAAAGUUAUGGGUUAGAGGUGGAUUGGAUGGAUUCAACCUCUGAAGAAGCAAGUUUAUGGGAGAGAAUGAUGCAUUCUCACAAUGAAUGGGUUGAGGAUAUUAUACCCUUGAGAAUGUUGAUAAUGGCAAGAGGUGUAUCAAAAUAAGAUGGUGUAUGAAAAGUUGGAUGACAAAAUGAGAAGAAAGUUGCUCAUUGGGUGUAUCAGUUUGAUGAAACUUAUAACCGAUAAUGUAAUCAGUAAUAUAAUCUUUCACUUUUUUAGGAGAAAGACCAUACAGGCACAUUGGAGUAUUGUGCUUAGAAUUACAUUACAAGUGUGUAUUUUAUCUUUUGAAAGAUUAACAUUUGACAUAAUCAUGCUUGUUGUCAUACAGAUCAAAUACCUACUCAGAAAUUGUUAAGAUAUAAAUAGGUUGUUUUAAUUGAUUCAUUCCAAUGCAUAUUUAUCGCUAUUUGUAUAUAUUCCUAUAUAUGUUUUCAUAAUGUUAUUCCAUGGUAAAUUAACUGAAGAAAAUGUUUCCACUAUUGAUACAACAGCAUAUAUAAUCAGAAAUGUGGUGUUAUGUUAUCAUUGUUGUCUUUGUAAAAUACAUUUAUUCACAUUACUCAAUAUAGUAACAGCAUAUAUUUUUCAUCAUAGUUAAUGUUUCCACUAAUUCAGGCACCCCAACAAUAAAUACAAUAUCACAUGUUGAAAAAUAAAAUCGGUGAAUUCAAUAGUAAUGGUUAUACACAAAAAUGACAUUUUUCGCCAGCAAUUGGCAGGAAGCAGUGAGAAAAAUAACAACAACAUUUGAAAUAGACUGGAAGUUGGAUAUCCAAGAGAAUGCAAAAAGAGCCGUCAUCCUAUGGGGAAUUUGGGACAGAGUUAAAAAAAAAAAAUGCUCCAGAAUUUGUAUUAUUAAUAAUAAUAAUAUAUUGCUGUUAUUUGGCAGAGAGGUUUGGAACUCUAUUUCUUAUUGGUCUAAUAACUAAUUUACCGCAAGACCCAAACUCCAUUACACCAUACCAUAACAGGCUGAACUUUCAGGCGGUCAUUUCAAACAGCUCACUAAAAGGGCACUAUCAUCAUUUUCAUAGUAUUACGUUUUUGACUGCACAGAGGUCAUUUCUCUCAUUUGUCUUAUGAGACCUUUUUAGAGUGGAGUCUUUUGAAAAUCUGGUGAUUAUAGAUCUCUCUUGCAUCGACUUAUUCAGUCUGACGAAUCUGGCUACAAUACAUCCAUGGGUGAUCAGAUCUGCCUUGCGCACAUUAGAGCAGUAGAAAAGCAGGAGGUAGAACGGAGUAGAGAAAUGCUGAGGGUCUAAGAUGCUACAGCGGCGGAAUUUCAGCCAUGUGUGGGCCACCCUGUGAACCAGGAGCGAAUGGAAGCCAAGUGGUGUACAAUUCGAUAUUUUAAAAUAAGAUAUUUAUUUUAAAAAGGUAGCCCUGCUAGCAGGCUCAACCCUUCAUAAUGCGACCCCUGGUGCACAAAUAAUUAAGCACAGCUGCGACUAUUUUUAUAGACUCACGCUAGACCCCAUGGGAAAGAUCGCCUUCCUUUGCUCAGACGUUGCGUGCAUCAACCAUUGGUUGCAGCACCGACUGGCAGUUACUGCUAUAACAUAUUGUAAUGACCAUUCCCGUGAUUGGCAGAUAGCAGGUUGAUUGACAUGUCGGACCCCGCGAACACCGGGUACUGAUAAUCUGAGCGGGAAUACGUUGGUGGUGUCCCUCAUCAAAAGCUAAAAUGAUCACCAGACGAAGAGGUCGUUCAGACAUCACCGAUGUGGAGAUGCACUCUUCAACUUGUCCUUUUGAUGUUGAAGUCACUGACUUUGUUGAAAUGAUAAAUGUUAAAACGAGUCCCUCUGAAGAAAUUAGGUCAGAGAAUGGGGAUAGUACAGUUGGAUUAGAGAUGGAUGAUUUAUUUGGAAUCGACGAGUUAAACUGGACAUUUGAGAAGGAUGUCUCCCCUCUUUUCGACAUUGGAUUGACCGAAAUAGGUGUGGGUGACACAACAGAUCAAGAUUUUUGGAUUGGCACGUCCAGGACCCCAUCGCCCGAAGGAGUGUCUGCUGUUCAGAAAAGGAAGGGGAGAGAUGACCCGUCUGGGCACAUGAUCAACAAAAACGCUGUUGCUGCGCGAAUUAAUCGUCUGAAAAAGAAGGAAUACAUGAACGGGCUGGAAAAUAAAGUUGGGUCUCUGUCGUCAGAAAACCGCAUACUCAAACAGGAAAACGUCCAAUUGAAUAAGAGGGUAGAAGAGUUGGAAGAUGAGACGAGGGGUCCAACAAGAAUGACGACCACGAUUAUGCCUUACCGCGGAAACGUGUGAAGGUGGAGGAAAAGGAGACUUCUGGUGGCGUCUGUCUGCACGUGGACAAGAACAACGUCUCAGUGGAGUUCUGCACUAAGUGUGCAGAGAGUGCAAGCGCAUCACUCAAAAUGUAGGGUCAAGUACUUUUAUCUGUUUUCAGAUGUUGAGACUGAACCUGAUUAACUUCAGUGUAAUGAACGUCAGGGGAAUCUAUGAACACUGUUAAAACUAUUUUGAGAUCAUUACUUAAUUAAGAAAUGUUGAAUGAUUGAGCAUGUGUAAAAAAUCUUACCAAUGAUUUAAGUACACGUUACUCGUUAAACCUUGUUGCCAGUUUUCUUCUAGGUGAUGAUUGUUCUACCAUGCUGGAUGAAUGGGUUACAGAACGUCCCUGUCUGCUUGGCGCCAUGUGGAUUCUGCUGUUCGGGAAGCUGAAGAGGCGGGACCCGCUGCUGCCAACUUGGCCUGGUAUUUUUUUAAAGGUAGUAUAACAAAGGGUGUAAGUGACUACAUUCAACCAGUAUCCCAUAACACCUUCUUUGUAAAAAGUAGUGAAUUUAGAAUAUAUUGUGGAUGACACGUGUUCCACUACCUAUUACAUUGACAAUAUUAGAGGUCCUAUAACGGUUUGUUCACAAGUUUAACCUGACUUGUUGACACAUUGGUAUGUAACCCAGUUGUUUAAAAAAAAAAACUAGUCAAAUUAUCUUGUUAUCGAUGUGAUCCUGAUAGAAAUGGACAUCACCAAUUUUGUAUAAAGUGACAAUCUUAAAGAAUGUUAUGUAAAGUACAAAGAUGUUGUGGCAACUUUUUUUUUCUAAAUGAGAGAACAAUGUUUCAGGAACAUGGAUAUGAUUGAAAAUAAAUCUUAUUUUGAUUA